UGCUCGAAGACACUUUCUUUUUUUAUCUCCAACGAAACGAAUGCAGAAGAAUUCUCUAAAUGAUUAAUACAUUAAUUAGCUCUAUUUAAAGAAGAGGAAACGACGAUGUCCGAAUAAUGACUGCCAUGGCGAUAAGGAUCAAGCCUACGCGAGUCAUCUUCGGUCGCUAUGAAUCCCGACGGCGCCUCGGCUCGCUGUGAGAGCCCGUCCCCCGCGGACGACCCGAUGGACGACUGGCACUUCCUCUCCUCGGAUUCUGAGGAGCGUCCGGGCCUGGAUGCGAGCCGGGGAACCCCGGAGGCCGAGGACAGAGGCCAAUUCAAAACCAAGUUGAUCUCGGCGUGGAACAGUGUCAAAUAUGGUUGGUCCUUGAAGCAGAAAUCCAAAUUCAGCAAGACAUCCGCCGUGAUAAUGUUUGGCCAAUCCUACGAGCUGCGGGAUCGCGACGCGAAGGAGCGUUUCCGCCGCGCCUUUGCGUCGCUCCUGUGGCUGACGUACAGACGGGGCUUCCCUCAUCUGGCGGGCUGCUCUCUGACCACCGACAGCGGCUGGGGCUGCGUGUUACGCACGGGCCAGAUGCUGCUGGCCCGAGGCCUGCUGCUGCACCUGAUGCCGCCAGGUUGGACGUGGUCUGUGAGCCCCCAUGCGGUCAAGGACGACAUGGACCUGCUGGUGAGUCGCCCCGCAGCCGGCGUAGAGCGCGGACCGGACGCCAAGGAAGGGCCGAGUGCGAGGGCUCGGAAACUGAGCCUGGGUUCCCUCCUGGACCGACCCAUGGAGGCCAUGCACAGGAGGGUGGUGUCGUGGUUUGCGGACCAUCCCACGGCCGCCUUCGGGAUCCACCAGCUGGUGGAGCGGGGCACAAGCUCUGGGAAGAAGGCCGGCGACUGGUACGGCCCUUCCAUCGUGGCGCACAUCCUCCGGAAAGCUGUGGCAGCGUCAGCGGACCUCCCCAAUCUAGUCGUGUAUGUUGCACAAGACUGCACCGUCUACUUGGGGGACGUGAAGCGGCUGUGUGAGCGUCCUCUCCCUCAGCCCUGGAAGUCCGUCAUCAUCCUGGUUCCUGUGCGACUUGGAGGACAAGAUCUCAACCCCUCCUACAUCACUUGUGUCAAAAAGCUCUUGGCGUUGCGAUGCUGCAUUGGAAUCAUCGGAGGCAAGCCGAAGCACUCCCUGUUCUUCGUCGGCUUCCAGGAUGACCAUGUGCUGUACCUGGACCCUCACUACUGUCAGCCCACGGUGGAUAUAACAAAGGAGAACUUUCCCUUGGUGUCCUUUCACUGUAAAUAUCCCAGGAAAAUGUCUUUCUCUCGCAUGGACCCCAGCUGCACCAUAGGGUUCUAUGCCAAAGGCCAGAAGGACUUUGAGUCACUGCGCACGACAGUUCAUGAGGCUCUCAGCACAUCUACAGAGACGUACCCCAUGUUCAUAUUUGCAGAAGGAAAAAGUCAGGAGGGGGAGGAGGAAGAGGAGGGAACCAAUACACCCCCGAACAAUAUGGCCUACAUCCAGAGGAACAAUGACCUGAAGAGAGGCAACACUCGCAACAGCAUGGACGAGUUUGUUCUGUUGUGAACAGAAGAAGAUCAAAUAGUGAUGAUCAAACGUAUAUGAUGUGGCAACUACUGAGCGUGAGAACAAUGUCCUCCAGACACCCUGUGGCAGUAACCUCAAGGGGAAAUGAAGCAGCCAAGUAGAAGUAAUGACACUACUGUGUUUAGUUUUUUUUAUUGCCGUUUUGUGCUCGACUAUAUUUUGUAUUUAUUGUUUUAACAGAAGAAAAUUUUAAUUAAUAUUAAAUUGAAGGACUUUGAAGAAUAUAUAUUUUUUUCUUGCUUCUUUAAACUAUUUGUGUUCAUCAACAAAAUCUAGGAGCUCAUUUAAAUUAAUUUGACUAGAAACAUUCUAAAUAAUCUAAUUAAAGUUUUAUAAUAGUACAUUUCUCUAAGGGACAAACUUAAGGCAACUGAGACGCACGGCCUCUCUGUUUCAUGUCAUGUGACGGGAUGCACCGCCUCUGAAUGGAUUAGAAAAUUAGAGUCCUGUGAACAUGUGACGCGUGCGGGAAAAACGCAGUCUGACUUCACUGAAGAGGAAGUCGAAUGUUGUGAACGCACCCUCGCAGGAAAAGAACAAACCUACUGAAAAGAGAAUUUUAUCAUCUAUUCAGAUUUUUUUUUUUCUGCUGUCUUUUAUCUGAAUAAACUGUUUUUUUUAAAAAAAGGAAGAAA